UCCCGUUUGUUAGGAAAAAAAAGCUCAUUCUGAAUUCUGAAUUUAUUUAUUCUGAAUUCUGUUUUUAUUUUGGGGCCAAAAAAGAAAACCGCAAUGAAUGAUCAAGUUACGAGUUCAGAUGAAACUACCACAGAAGAAUCACCAUUAGUAGAUCAAGACACGGAUAAAGAUGCCUGGAUUUUAGAACUUGAAACGGCAUUGUUAUCCGAUUGUGAUAUUAAUGUGAUUCGUAAAAUGUCCAGUCAACAAUCAAUACCAAACAAUUUACGCUAUGAAUUUUGGCAGGUUUGUUUAGGUAUCAAAGGGCGUGUCAAAAUCUUAGAAGAUAUAUUUGAUCUACCUGAGCAGAAUUUGAUACGAAAUGAUUGUCGAAAACUAGUCGAAAAGUUAAAUAAUUCUAGUUCUGAAAAGUUGUCAAUAUUAUCCGAUCUCGAAUCGAUUAUAACGAAUUUUUCCCGGCUAAAUCAUUGCCCAUAUACUUCGAAAAACGGAUGGAUCGAUCUACUGGAGACUUUGAUUCAUCUAAAUGUAAAACGAGAUGAAUUGUUUAAAGUAUUUGAAUCUAUCGAACUUCGUUACAUUACCAAAUAUUACAACUGUUCCAAUGACGAUUCAAAAGAAUCCAAAUCAAUUUAUAUGCAACCAUUCCAUCUAUUGCGUCUAUUUUUGCUUUAUCAUGAUCCAGAAUUGUGCAAUUAUUUUGAUACCAUUAAAUUAACUACAGAACAAUUUGCCUCAACUUGGUUUCAGAGUCUGUUUUGUUUCGACAUUUGCAAUCCAAAUGUUUCAUUGAAUCUUUUGGACGCCUAUUUUACUUAUUCGGAUUCAUUUAUGAUAUUCUAUCUAUCCCUAGUCAUGAUCAUCAAUCUAAAGUACGGUGAUAUUUGUUUUAAUUUAUAUUAAAAACUAUUUUUGUUUUUUUUUAGAGAUGAUCUUAAGAUGAAAAAUGAUAGAACCGAAAUCAUCAACAUCUUAUCGACCAUACCUUCAUCGAUCACCGAAUCUGAUAUCAAAGAUAUGUUUUUUAUUGCCGAACAACAUUUUCUACAAAAAACACCACUAUCUGUGAAAGAUUUUCAGAAAUUACUUUUUCAAGUUCAUUCCCAAACUGAUAUAUAUGAUGAUCUUUGUCAUAUUGAGGAUUUAUCCACUUUAUUAUGUCUCCCGAUAUCGAUACAUGAAUUGUUGAAUAGUUGCCAAAAUGAAAAUAAUCUUAGAUAUUUUGUUGUUGAUUGCCGGCCACCUGAUCAAUACAAUAAUGGCCAUCUUUUAACAGCAUUCCAUCUGGAUUGUAGUCUGAUGUUGAAUGACCCAUCAGUGUUUGCAACAGCCGUUCAAGCACUGUUAGCAUCACAAAAACAAGCUAUUGAAGCAAACGCGAUUGCUGGAGGUGAACAUCUUUGUUUUAUUGGAAGUGGCCGUGACGAUACAGAUGAUUACAUUCAUAUGGUUAUCUCUUCGUUUCUACAAAAACAUCAUAAAUAUGUUAGCUAUCUUUAUGGCGGUUUUGAAGUACUGCAUAAAACAAUCAUGGAAAAACAUUUAGAUCAUUUAUUAGUAGAUCACAAUAGCAAACAUUGUUUAUGUUGUGUAGCACGAAAAUCCUUUCGUUCGAUUCAAAAUGACCAUUCAUCAUCAUCAUCGGAUUCUAGAUUUCCGAAAGAUGUCGAUCAUUUGACCUCGGUAUUUUUUCAAAAAUUUUCCACUGCCGUUAAGCCUAAAAUCAGCGAAAUGAAAGAAAAACUAGUAGAAUAUGUAGUCAACCCUAAUCAAAAACAAGUGAUCAAACAUGUUAGCUCGGAAAAUCUAGGCAAACGUUAUAAGGGAAGCAAAUUUAGUCUGGAUGAUUCGAAUACAGAUUUAGAUGAAGAUACCAGUGAUAUAAAUGCCGAGAAUGAUCUAUCCGAAAUCAAUAUAGAAGAAUGGAAAAAACAACAAAAUCUAAUUGGAUGUUUUGAAUGUUCAAAAAUUAAUUCGGAUAAUAGUAGAAUUCCUGGCUAUCUGGCAGUGACCAAAACGAAUCUUUAUUUUUUCAAACAUUCCAAAAAUCGUGAAGGAUAUGGACAAAUAAUAGUACAAAGGCCAUUAGAAAUGAUAUAUCAGAUCACCUCAAAACGAAAAUGUCCAGAGAUCAUAACGUUUAAAUAUGGACAUUCAAACAAUGAUGGCAAUGAAUCGGUUUUAAUUGCCAAAGAUAGUCUAAUUCUUGUCGAACCAUUUGAAGUGAUUCGAUUAAUUAAACAACAAAUUCGAGAUUUAUUACUCAUAUUGAAUUGUAUAGAUUUAACAACAUUGGCUGGUGAUGAUACUUACAGUAAUGUAUCUAGGCUUUGUUAUCGAGCUAAAAAUCCAUUGAGCAACAAAAUAAUUGAGAAAUUGGCUCUAUUUGAUAAUCAUUACCAUAGUAACAAUAUCACAACAGGUGCUGUUUGCGUUUAUCCAUUAAGAGUUAGUGACUGUCGUCAAUAUUUGGAUAGAAUCGAUUCCAAUCUACCAAUAGCUUCUGUUGUUGCCGGGUUUCCAAGUGGUCAAAGUCCAAUUCCAGUAACAUUGGCUGACAUUACUUUUGCCGUACAAUCAGGAGCAAAUGAAAUUGACAUUGUUAUCAAUCGAUCUUUAGUGUUGUCCGGCAAAUGGCAAGAAUUAUUCAACGAUAUAAAAAUCAUCGCACAGCAUUGUCAUGAGAAAAAUGUUCAUUUGAAAGUGAUACUCAGCUGUGGAGAACUUGGUAAUUUACAGAAUAUUUACAAAGCAUCAAUGUGUGCAAUGAUGGCCGGUGCUGAUUUUAUCAAAACAUCCACUGGAAAAGAAUCUAUCAAUGCUACAUUGACUUAUGGUCUUAUUAUGAUUAGAGCCAUUACUGAUUUCUACAUUGCUCGAAAUAUUCGUGUUGGACUUAAACCGGCCGGUGGUAUCAAAAAUGCUACCGAAGCUUUAUGUUGGAUCAAUUUGGUGCGGUUUUAUUUAGGACCAGAAUGGCUCAAUAAUAAAUUAUUCCGAAUAGGCGCUAGUUCUUUACUCAACAAUAUCGAAUUUGAAAUUUUUAAAUUGUUAUUCAAUCGAAACCCCACAGUAAGUGAAUUGACAAUUUAAAAAAAAAUCAACAAAUCAAAAUUUAUUUACAAAAACAAAUCUUUAUUUUUCGC